GUUUUGGAUUCGGAUAUUUGGGGUGAUUGACCACAUCUGCCUAAGUACCGCAUCAAUUGAAUUCAUAAUUGCACUGCCGACUCCUGCGAAGCUUUGAAAAACAGAGAGGAAAUAUAGUACAAAAAGGAGAUAAAGGAAACAGCUGGCAUGGAGUCUACGUCUGAUGGUGCUGAGUUGACCUUUGAACCUUGUAUCCUUGGGAAGGCAAAGGUUUGGCUCCCCGUUGAUCUGAUAGAAGAUCCUUCUAUAUUCAAAUCUGUUCUGAGCCAAGAAACAUGGGACUCUGCUCUGACUGAUGAAGAGAGGGAGAGACUCAUGAAACUCCUGCCACAAUUCCCCGAAGAUGACGAGGAUGAAAAGCAAGAGACGUUAAGAUGUCUCUUCGAACGAGGGAACUUCAUGUUCGGCAACCCUCUGACUACAUUCGAGGAGAGGUUGAGGGCGGGCUUCAUGAAUCCAGAGAUCGUAGAAAUGGAGCGAGGGUUACGUCGAGCUACUUACAAGGAUUACAAGUUAAGUGAGCAGAGAAGACUUCACAGGUUGCUCAAGGAGGUUCUCAUCUCAAGACAGGAGCUAUUAGAAGCAGCCAUUUUUACUUCCCCCUCUGCUGCUGUUCCAGUCAAAAGAAGAUUGUACAGAAAUGACAAAGCUGUAGAUGCCGUAGUUGAAAAGAAAUACAGAAAGAUGCUUGCAUCAGCAAAGGAAGGGGACACAACUCCUGAUUCAUCAGAUGAUGGAGACAGUAGAUCAGAAAUCAAUGGCUUCCACCCAAUACCAAGAGACAUCUCAGAACUAGACCAGCUCCUGGAACCAAGGUGGACCGACUUCUGGCCCUAUGACCUAGACCAGCAGGAGGAAGUCCACACACAUUCGACCUUUGACCCAAAGCCAGUGCAGGCUGAUGGGAUAGAUACCCAAGGAAAGGCAGCGAUACCCAUCAAAUCAUCCUCACCGGUGAGAUUGAGCCAACAGCAGUACAUUAAACUUCUAGAGAACUACCAAGACCGCACUGAAGACGAACAUCUGAGGAAACACCCUGAGCUGAAUACGAAGCACAUCACUCUGACGGGUAUGAUAUCCAGAGCCUUUCCUAUGCCACAACCACCUCAACUACCAUCUCAAGCAUUGGUCAUAAAAACAGAAGAUAGCGACUUGAAGCAGGGUAAGAAGAGAAAAGACAGAGAGAAGGAUCGGAAGAAGAGGAAAAAGAAGAAACUUGCCAUGCUGUCACCAGUGACCCCGCCCAAACCUGCCACGCCCAUCUCAACCGGUUCCAUGGAGGGGAAUUCCCCCAUAGAUAUCCUUAGUACUCCUGAGUCUCGACAGUCCACCAGAGAUGAAUACUCUACCUCACCUGCCACUUGUUCUCCUGCUUCAGCAGGCUCAUCGUCUAGUGAUAUCAAGCCACCUCUCCGAGUCCAUCCAUCGUUCUUCAGCCUCAUCAGGGACAUCUUUAGUGCUGCUCCAAAUCAUCGACUCACCCUCGCUAAGCUACGUGAGAGCUUGGCAAAUUGGCAACGGUCCCCCGUCAGUAUGCUCAGCAGUUGGGCUAUCCUGCAACCAAGUUGGGCGAAGGUGGUCGAUGGAGCUAUGAGGUUUCUCAACGGAGAGGUCAGUGUAAGUCCAGAGGUCAUCCCAAGGGUCAGAUAUGACGAGGAUAGACAGAUGUGGCAGUGGAGAAGUGAGCUACCUCCAGAUUCAGAGGAAGAGCUGGUGACCCUUUUUAAGCAGUGGUUAGACACACUGCCAGGCAUGAGAGCAGUACCACCAAAACCUAAAGAAGUGUGCACCAGUGCCAGCACCACUACCACACCAACAACUAGUGUCGCCCAUGAUACGCCAGAUAUGGUGGAGACCAAGGUUGUGUUUCCUAGCUUUGCAGAACAGGAGAGAGAGAGAUACAGUCAACCUCAUAAGGCCUUUGUCUACAAGAUGCCAGAAUACGAGGCUAUCGUCGCUCCGGUCAAGGGUGUGUUUGCAAAGGAGACCACACCUAACAAAGCCAGGGAACAUGCCCUCCUUAUUUCAGACCGACCAUCGUAUGUCACUAUUCUUUCACUAGUGCGAGAUGCAGUAGCAAGACUCCCGAACGGCGAGGGGACCAGAGCCACUGUUUGUGAGCUUUUGAAAGACUCCCAGUAUCUGGCGGACUCCAGCGAUUCUCAGAUCAAUAAUGUUGUCAGCGGCGCUCUUGAUAGGCUUCAUUAUGAGAAGGAUCCGUGCAUCAAGUAUGAUGUGAAUCGAAAACUCUGGAUUUACCUUCACAAAGAUCGCACCAUCGAAGAAUUUGAACGCCUUCACAUGGAGCAAGGUGCUGAAGCUAAGGCAAGGAAAUCAAUAGCUCGCCAAACUAAACUCCUUCCUAAAAUGGCAUCUGGUCUUCGAGAUUCUCCUAUCAAUUUCCAAGCUUCUAGACCUGGGUCAGCCAUGAGUGAUACCAGCAGUGAGAACCUAAGCAUUGAAGUCUGCAGCCCGAAAGCAUCUCCCGGUAGAGCAUCCAGUCCUAAGACCAGUCGCAAGAGUCCUGCUUAUGCUAAGAUCAACCCUGUCUCUGGAUUUCAUGGAGGAUUAGACUUGGGAAAAGGCGACCAUCCAGGAUCUUCUGGCACAGUGUCGACAAGCAGCGGGAAGCUGGUUUCUGCUCAGGCACCGGGCCAAGCUCCGUUUGUCAUCAGCCCACAGAAGAUAAACAGUCUUCAGUCCGCAUUGAAAGGACUUCAUCAGAGUCCCGCUGCUGGUCAGAUUGGUGGAGGGGAUAACUUGAUGCGAGCGCAGCUUCUGGCAGCAAAGGUGUCUGAAGGUACUGCACCUGCCUUUGGGCCCCAGGGAAUAGUGAUGCAUGAUGUUGGUCGAUCCGUUGGUUCCAUUGCAGAUAUCUUGAGAGGAGCCGUAGGUUCCGCAGGAGACAUGGCACCAAGUUCUUCUGGCAGUGGGUUAAAAGAGAUGCCAAAGUUCAUGAAAAGCAUGUCAGUUCCAUGUACCCUUCCUGAUGGGAAGGUAGUGAUGAUUUCCCCAGAGUUACUGAUGCCAAGUGCGAAAGCAACAAAGAAAAGAUCAAGGAGUGGAAGUGGAGGAAGGAAGAAAGGAAACCCUCUGCAGUCAUCUGAAGGAGCCUUAACGGGUAGUGGUGCUACAGAUCUGAGCAUGUUGAUCAACUCCAAUAUUAUCACCCAAACAUCUGUCACUGUUAGCCAGGGUACAUCUAAGGCUAGUCGGAAGAGUGUGACACCACCUACCUCAGUCACACUUGGAACAAACAAACUAGCUACUGUGAGUGAGGCUCUUGCUCAGAAACGAGCUGAAGCAGCUCUGCAGAGUGGCAGACAGCAAGGGAGAGGACAGUCUACUAUCACAUUACCCCCUGGAGCACUCAAAGGACAGACUGUUAAAAGCAUUCUGGCAAGCGUAGGAAUCCCUCUCUCAGGUGCUUCAGUCACUGUAUCGAGGAUUGAUACUCCAGGUUCAUCGUCAUCUGCAAAACAGGCCUCUGGAAAGAGCAAAGACAGCAGAAAAUCCCCAGUAUUUUCUGGAGUAAACAUCUUAAGUAGUCAACCAGCUACAAAAGGAAGACCAUCUUCUGCACCAUCUAUGAGUGGGAAGAAGUCCCCCAUUACAAGUAUGCAUCAUGCUAUAGGCCAUCAGGCGAUUGGCUUGACCACAGUUACCAAAGGAGGGCAGAUUGUGGUCCAGCCAGUUGCUUUGGGGAUAGAACGACCUGGCUCUGCAGCAUCACCUGGCAUCGGAAGACAAUCCUCAAGUCCAGCUGCACAAGGACUUACCCUCAAGGCUAUACCUGUAUCAAUAGCAAAGCAACAUAGUCUGUCUGCUUCUCAAGACUCUCGGAAGAUGCAACAUCAAAGUACCUCGGAAGUCAUCAAUAUAAGUCAAGGUGACAGCAGUGGCUCAGGCAAGAGCAAAGUAAGAAAAAGAGGUGAUGGUAAGCACAUUUCAGCAGCAACUGCAGCUGCUGCUCUUGCCCAAGCAGGCAAGAUGUCAGCGGGAACCGAGCUGAAGGAUCUUGCAUCUGUUCCUCUGUCAGUCUUGUUUCCAGGAGCCCGGCAAGGAGGCAGUCAGAAAGGUGGCCUGCCCGUACUGACCCCAUUUUUACCAGGAGGCCAGAUUCCAUUAGCAAGCUUAACAGAUGGGAAAGGAGGGGUUGUGUUCCAGAUGCCUCAUGGUUCAAAUAUCAUGUCUUUACCUGUAUCUGGAGUACCUGUCAAUCCUCAAAGGACAACAGGUAGUAGCAUAUCUAUAUCAACAACCAGUCCCUCAUCUACAGUUGCCCAGAGUGCAAGGCAACUUCCCCAGCACAGCUCUUCAGGAGCAAGAACUUCACCUGCCCUUCCUUCUAAUAUAGUGUCUGCCACUAUUCGGAGUGCCCUUGCAGCAGCUCAGUCCAGAGCUAAUCCCCAGCAGGGGCUAACAGCAGCUCAGCUAUCUCAGUGGGCUUCAUCACAAAGUGCUCCAGGAUCAUUGAAACCUGACUUACACAGUAACCAAAGUAGAACCAGUCAGGGCUCAUCAUUGAUGCCUCCUCAUAUGGCAUCUACCAGCAGUGGAGUGCCCUCACCUUAUAACUUCCCUUCAUCUGGGUCGAGAUCCCGUAUGACCCCUUCACCCUCAGAAUCAAAGACAUCACUAACAGCUUCAUCCAUUGCAAGCAUAAUUGCUAAUUUAAAGCAGAAUCCGAUGGCUGCUAUAUCUCUGCCAUCGGUUUCUUCUUUUGUCCCAUCGUCCAACAUGUCACGAUCAAUGUCCCAAUCUGCAGUCCAAAACCAGCCUGUGUACUCGCAAGGGUUGGUGAGACCACAUUUGAAGCAACCACCAACAUCAAAGCCAAGCACCCAGCCAUCAUCGAUCCCUUCACAGCAGCAGCCAACCCCUUUUGGAGGUUCUGGGCUUUCUUUAGCCAGAUCAUUGUCCCAGCCAUCAACAGUGUUUCCCCGGAUGCCUUCCUCUGGACUUAUUAGAGAUCUUUCAAGAAUGCAAAGCCAGCCAGCCGAAUCCUCAGUAUCUUCCCAUAUUGCUCAGGUUGGAAGGAAUGUAUUUCCAACUACAGGACGGAAUGUUCUUAACCCAUCUCCAUCUGCACUUUCAUCCUUGAAGUCUUCAGCACCUGUGUCCCGCACAGCAGUUCAAUCUUCUGCUAAUACUGCUACACUGAAAGCUGUAGCUAUGCAACCUACAUCAGAAAUUCCCCCUGAUGUUAGGCCCGGAACACAAAACAAGCAGCAACAAAAUUCUGGAUCCAGAACUACUUCAGAUUCCAGAUCUUCAACAAGCUCAAGCACCAGCCAAGGAGUCAGAUCUACGUCUACAGGGACAUCCAAACAACCUGCAGGAGUUGCGUCUGUAUCCUCGUCGAGUGCCGGAACUCCCUCAGGAUCAAAACAAGUAUCUAAAGCAGACGAUGGUAAAUCUUCAUCAUCCAAGAGUGUAGCUCAAGCAAGCACAGGGCAACCUGCAAGAUCAAGACCUUCAUUUACACCAGCAGCAGGAUCGACAACCACUGUAUCUGCAGCACCCACUCAAAGAGUCAUUCCUCCCUUUGAACCAAGGGUUACACGUGGACAAUCAAAAGGGAAAGCAACAACCAAGAAAGAGGGAUCAUAACUCAAUGACUAUACCGAAUACAUGAUCUGUAAUCCCUCUAGUCAUCGUACAGGGACCACUUGGAUCGAGUUGGCAACAGGGAAUUGAAAGCUUGUCUUGCAUUUCAAUCGUCAAGAAGUAGUAUGAUGGCCUAGCAGUACUAGGGUGACAGACAAUCUUACAGUCAACCAAACAUUCAUCAAGGCAGAGAUACAGAUGAUUCAAUCAAAUUUGACCAAAUUCAUUAUUGUGCCCACUAUGUUAUGGUUCACUAUUGUUUAAUGCAAUUUCAGUGGAAUUGGAUGCUAUUAUUAUCUAUCAUCAAUUUAUAACGGAUACGAUUUUCAUCAAUAUUACCUGUCAUGGGUGGAGGUGUCAUGACCGAAAGGUCUAAGGCGCCUGACGAUACACAUGAAAGCCUGGGGUUCAAGCCCCGUAAUGACACCUAUGCCCGUGAGCAAAGCAUUCAAUCAACCCUGCUAUUUUAUCUUACAUUCAAAUAAAUGGAAAUACUAUAUGCAUUCUUGGUAACUAUGUGUGCACUUAUUUAAAAAAAAAGAAGCUCAACUGUGCCAUUACAGCGGUAGAGCUUCAUCCUAUACAAUUGACUGCCAAAAUGAGUUUUCUAAAGGCUUCAUGCAUCUGCUCGAUAGAAAUUCUUUACCUCCACGUCACUUUACUAUUUUUAAUAUCCUUGGAGGAUUCUUGCCACUUAAAAGAUUUGAGGUAUAUUCGCUAAAGUCCUGUCACAUCGUUCCAUGAAAGCCUUGCGUGUGACUUGCGGGUAACUAUUUUUGCUACCCACAGGUUGCCUGCAUGGACAGUAUCUCACAGUCACUUAUCUCGCAUUCAGUUGCCCACAGGAGCGUACGCAAGUCUGAUUUGCCCGCAGAAAAGUUUCGAACAUGCUCAAAAAAUUAGUUGCGGGUGAUUCCCUACAACCAGCCCACAAUGCUUGCAUGAACGAUGUAAGAGGGCCUACCUGUAUAUUGGUUUGGAAACAAACAGCAUAUUGUGAUUUCGUGAUUACUAUUUUUCCUAUUCCUACUAUUAAAAGGCAAAAUAUUUCAACCUGUCGCUCUGGUGGCAAAUAAAGUCAAGGGCCCUGUUGCAUAAAAGCUACCAUUAUGGUGACUCCACCCUUAAAUGUUUACUACCAUGGUAACAAUGGUCAACAACCAAUAAAAAUUGAGGAUUUCAUGGAUGUUACCAUUGGAUGGUAAAUUUACCAUAAUAGUAAAGUCAGGGGCAGAUCCAGGAUUUUCCAAAAGGGGGGGCACAUUUUCCAGAGGAAAAGUUUGAGAAGCACUUUCAGAAGGGGCCACACUUCUGUUUUAACGGCAUUUUUACAUUACAGAUUUUAAUUGUGCCUCUCAAAGGGGGGGGGGGGGGGGGGGGGGGGGGUCACGAGCCAGCUGUGCCCCUCUGGAUCCGCCAGUGAGUAAAGUUUAUGCAACAGAUCAUAAAAAUAACUCCCUCACCUCACAUCACCAGGUUACAUUCUAUCUACUACUUGAUUUAGCCCUCUUCAUGAUUCCUGCUGGCGCUCGUUUCGUAAAGAAUUACAACUAUUAUAACUUUGCCAUUAUUGUUACUACCAUGGGAACCUUUAUUCUGAUUGGGUUCUGAGCCCCGUUACCGUUCCCGGCUACCGUUGUAGUUGCUAUAAUGGAAAAGUUACAAUCGUCUUAACUCUUUUUUUGAGAUGGGUACGAGAUCUUCAGAUCUGUUUUGGUCAGUCUCUUCCUAUCCUGUGAUAUCCCCAUCAAGGUUUCUGUCUCUCUAGAUCUUCUUAUCAACAACUCGUGACUGUCAAGAAUAUGUCAAUAUUUAAAAAAAAAUCUUUUUGUGACAAAAUAUUGUCUUUUGUUGUAGCCAACUAGCCAUUAUAUCCAACUUUGAGUUACCAAACUGUUUACUUUAUGUUCUGUUAUGAAAUAGAAUCAGCAAACUUUCCAAUAAUUAUUCUGUCAUCUUUUGGGGUUAUUUUUUCACAUCUGUUUUCUUUACUUUUGAACACAAGUUAGGAGGGCGACAGUGACUUCACAAAAGGGAUAUUGUUUACAGGCACACUGUUUUCCAAUUACAUGUCUCCUUUUUCUUUUUAUCUUAAUUGUUCUUCAUUUCUAUAUUCUUUUUUUACAGUAUACUUUUAGAAAAUGAUAAUUUUGAUUACUUAAAAAAAACUCGGAUCAUAAUUCAGAUAUAGGUGCAAUUAUUGUACUAUUAAAUCCCACAGUGAGAAUCCCACAACACAAGUGAUUUGAAGCAAUCAUAAAAUGAGGCCGUUAUAUGUUAUGCAUGUAUCUGUAAAAUAACUUUAUAAUUAGAGCCCAAAUGUUAAUAUCGUCGUAAUUGUAAAUACAUUGAAAAUGAUUAAAAUUGUUUUUCUACAAAACUGUGAA